CCCACACACACACCCCACCCCGGGGCAUUAAGGCAGGGCUUGGAGGCCAGUCAUCCUGGGCCCGCCCGGGGCCACCCCCCGCCUGCCCGCCUGCCUGGUGCCUGGCACCUGGCACUCCAACCCAACCGACCUGCCGCAGCCGCCGCCGCCACCGCCGGGCCCCCAGAGCCCCAGCCCCAGAUCCCGAGCAGGUGCGGGAGAAAGGAGCGGGCAGGAGCCAGCCCCCGACUUUCCCGUCAAGUGAUGCAGCCAUGUUCCUCCUUGUUCCCAGAGGAACCUGGGGCCUGCCCCUCCCCCCUCCAGGCCAUGAGGAUUCUGCAGUUAAUCAUGCUUGCUCUGGUGACAGGGCUCGUAGCGGGAGAAACCAGGAUCAUCAAGGGAUUUGAAUGCAAACCUCACUCCCAGCCCUGGCAGGCAGCCCUGUUUGAGAAGACACGGCUGCUCUGUGGGGCGACCCUCAUCGCCCCCAGAUGGCUCCUGACAGCAGCCCACUGCCGCAAGCCCCGCUACAUAGUUCACCUGGGGGAGCACAACCUCCAGCGGCGGGACGGCUGUGAGCAGACCCGGACAGCCACCGAGUCCUUCCCGCACCCCGGCUUCAACAACAGCCUCCCCAACAAAGACCACCGCAAUGACAUCAUGCUGGUGAAGAUGGCCUCGCCAGCCUUCAUCACCUGGGCUGUGCGACCUCUCACCCUCUCCUCGCGCUGUGUCACAGCUGGUACCAGCUGCCUCAUUUCCGGCUGGGGCAGCACAUCCAGCCCCCAGUUGCGCCUGCCUCACAGCUUGCGAUGCGCCAACAUCACUAUCAUCGAGCACCGCGAGUGUGAGCAUGCCUACCCCAACAACAUCACAGACACCAUGGUGUGUGCCAGCGUUCAGGAAGGGGGCAAGGACUCCUGCCAGGGUGACUCCGGGGGCCCUCUGGUCUGUAACCACUCUCUCCAAGGCAUUAUCUCCUGGGGCCAGGAUCCGUGUGCGAUCACUCGAAAGCCUGGUGUCUACACCAAAGUCUGCAAGUAUGUGGAUUGGAUCCACGAGACAAUGAGCAACAACUAGACUGGACCACGGCCCAGCAUCAACCAUGUCCACUUGGUGAUUGGCUCCUGUUCACUCUGCUAAUAAGAAACCCUAAGCCAAGACCCUCUGUGAACACUCUCUGGGCCUCCUGUACUACAGGAGACGCUGUCACUUAAUAAUCAGCCUGGGGUUUGAGAUCAGUGAGACCUGGAUUCAAAUUCUGCCGUGAACUAUUGUGACUCCGGGGUUAACAACAGCUGGUUCCCUAUUGUGUCCCCAGUCCCAAAGACAGCUCCUGGCAUAAAUCAAGGUUUCAAUAAACAUUCCUAAAUGAGUGAA